AUCUUCUAAAACGUUGUAAACAGAAUUUGAUUUUAGUCUGCACUCUGGAAAGAAAUGACAGCGGCUAAAGGAAAAGAAUAUAUCUGUAUUAACUGCACAUCGGUAACAAGGGCUAUUUACAAGAAAAGCGAUGGAAAUUUCAUAAAACUGCUUGACUGUGAUAUUUGUGGACAACCAGUUGACCGAUAUGUGGAAUGUGAAAAAAGUAUUAUCUUUAUGGAUUUGGUGCUACAGGAUAUGGCUGCCUACCGACAUAUUCUUUUCAAUGCAGAUGAUUUUACUCCUCAGUUCUACACAAAGUUAGCAUUGUCUCUCAUGCUGAGUGAAGCUUAUGUUCGAUGGGUGGACUUUGCUGAAAAUCUGUCUGUAGGAAAUGGAAUCAGAAAUAAUGAAGUAUAUUUGUACAUAAUGUGCUUAGUAGCUGCUUCAGAAAUUGGAAUGUUUGGAAUAAUAAUCUGGUUAUAUUCUACCCUAAAAUAUUGGAAUAAAGGAAGCAUUCAGAUAUACAAUGCUUGCUUACUGGGGCAGUGUGGUAGGUUAGCUAAUAUUGCAGCCAUAAUUUGGUACCAAAGUUCAAGUCUAAUAUUCCAAGUGCUGAUGCUAGCAUUCGUCCUUGUUUCUAGUAUACAGAGUAUAAGAGCUGCUCUGAAUAUAGGACGUGUUGAAAGCUGCCUUAUCAUAACUACAGCAUUUGUCAUAGGGUACUCAGCUGCUAGAAUCUUAGAGCCUUUAUUAAUAAAUACAUAUCAGUACUAUUAUGGUGUUUAACAUUCUGUAAAUUUGAAACAUUCAGUUACAUAACUUAUCUAUCAUUCUUAUGAUGUAUAGUUACGUACUGAUAAUUUAUAUUGUACAUAAUUUUUAUAAUAUAUACAGUAUUGAUAAUUCAUGUUGUAAUGAUUAUUACAUGUUUUAGACAGUAACACUAAUGAUCUUUAAUUAUAUGCAAAAUAUUUUUUGAAAACUAAAAACAAAGACCAAUAGGACACACCACUUAACGCCUAUUUCUAGCCUGGGCAUAGAGACAAGCAAAAGGAAGGGAGAGAGAUGGCGUUAUCCACAAAAGAAGUGACAGACCUGCCUCUUGAAGGGAGAAAGUUGUUUUGAAGAGCCAGGUAAAACAAAAGAAGGUACAGUAUUCCACUGGGAGUAGAAGGAAAGAGUCAUUGAGUAGUGCAAUUUGAAAAUUACCAAUUUCCAGAUUAAGUGUAGGAUGAGGUAGCCUGAUAGCAAGGCUUCUCCAGGAUACCAUUAACAAUCCUGAUACAGAUAGCAAUAACAACUACAGUAAUUGUAUGAGGUGGAUCAAUCUUUAAAUUUCUCUUGCUUUUUCUAUAUCCAGACACUAAAUAAUUAUCAGAUAUUUUAUUUCAGUAUCAAAAGACAAUGAACUUGACUAUGAACUUAAUCUAUUGUACCUACAAUUUUCACCCCUCAUUUAAAAACAAUCAACCCAUUUGAAAGUACCCUCUAAAAGAACAAGAUUGCUAAGGGCCUCUUCUGCCAGUCUGAGACACAUAAAGCCCUGAUAAACUUCUCAGAGGGAUUUAAAGACAGAAAGAAUCCCUUACUAAUGCCUUUAACUCUGGUGGUGUUACUCUGGCAUGUGAGGUCUGAUUGGCCAACUUUGAAGUGCCAUGAAGCUUAGGCACAGUGUGACAUAAAUAGUAAAAUAUCUACACAACUUUGCAAGACAAGUUUAAAAACUUUCUAAAUUGUAACAAAAACUAUUGCAAAUAACACAAGCUUAGCUUUGCUAGGCCAAAAAUCUAUAAACAUAUAAAACCCACCUUAGUCAACACCUAACUAUGACUAAAGAGAAAAGUCUGAAGAUAAAAAAAAAUAAUUUGUGCUUACUGACAUGGCUUAGCAAAUCACUAGAAAGCGAUAACCACUAACCAAUUUUAAGCUCACAAAAUACCAGACCUCUUUAAUAAAAAAAUAAAUUUCUAUAACAAGCCAAAAGAUGACUAAGAAAGCCAUUGAACUGAAAAUAAAGGUGUACAAACACCUUUUUUUAAGAAAAUCACUACUUACAACUUCUACUGAUGAAUACAAGCAUGCCCAGUUAUUCAGACCAGCAUAUACACAUAUAAAACAGAAAACUUGAAAAUAAUGAUAUCACCACUUCUUGAUAUGAAAGCAUAAAUAUAGCAGAUGACUAAUUUGAGAUUUACUCAAUGAAAUUUUAAGCUAAGAUUUUAUCGGGAGCAAGACUGCAUGUGUUCUUCAUACACCAGCCAUUCAAAAUGAUAAAUUUUUGCUACUAGAUUAGCAAAAAUUUUUCUUUUUUUUUUAUGGCAUAUUCAUAUAUGAAGAGAGACCCUUUUUCUUUUAGGAUGUGUCGAGACAACUGCUACUGCAGGCAAGGUACCGAGUUUGUGGUGAAACAAAAAAAUUAUGUAUGGUUGAUAUGGUUAGCCACUCUUUGCUAGUUACUUUCAUUUCAGGCAGUAAAAAUUUAUUAAUAUUCAGAGAAAUUUCUGAAUCUACCACAGUCCAGUGAUGAAAACCUCCUGGUGCUUAUCAAACCUAAGAUGUUUUCAUCAUCAUUAACUGUAUUACUCUGCACAAGGAAAAGUGAAAAAAAAAAAAAAUACAAUUCCAACUAAAUAUCAAAAGGCAAGUCUGAACACUUUCAAAGGUCUGAGAAUACCUGGAAGCUACUGACCCCGUUGGUAGACAAAAAGUGUUAUUGACAGACUUUGAGGGAGAGUAUGCACAGGUGCCAGCCAACCUAUCCCACCUGACCUUUUUUCUUCUACACAAGGGAGAUAUCUAGAAUUCUGCGAGGCAUUAAGCAGGUUAUGUUAGAGUAAAUGGGUUUGUGGUGAAACAAAUGAUGGGUAUAGUGAUUUACCAAGCUGAAAUGUGGAUGGAUGACUUGAGUAAGUGUAAAUAUAUUUAAAUUUAAUUACUGGUUGCUUUCAGUUACGACUAAGUUGCUAUUUAUUUUCCACAUUUUAGCUGGCUAUUUUUUUAGAACUAUAUGGGUACUAGAAGAACACUAUUGUAUAUAAUAUUUAUUGUUACAUAUACAUAAUUUUUUUAAAUGUAUUUGUUGGCUCAUCAUUGGCAUGAUUUUACUUUACUCUUACUUGGCUUUGUAACUGCUAAAAGUUACUGUUACUGCAUGAAGUGGGUUUGCUUAAUAUUUAUAUACGUAAGCUUUAACCCCUACCUGAUCCUAAGACCAUGCCUUCAUGCAUUCAUAUAUUAUAUUAAAUUACUUUGCUCCUUUUUUAUUCUAAGGUUUACUUUAUAUACCCACUAGAGUAGGUGAUAUUAAUUACAAUAAUGCUGAUAUUUUUGCUGUUUCCCUUCUUUCCUUUAUAUAUUUUCCUUUUACCUACAGAUGAAUUUCAAUUGUGUACCAUACCUUUCAAACUAGUGUUUGGUUUUUCAAUAUCAUGCACAAAGUUAAUUACUGAUUACUACCCAAUAAAGUGUAGCAAUGUAUUACUAUUAUACAUCAAAUUAAAUAUAUAGGCUAGAUCUUUCAAGUCACUGAGUUUUAAAUAUCUUUAAAUUUUUUUUGCUAUGGUCAAAUUUUUUAUUUACCCCCUCCUCCCACACUAUACUUUUUUCCC